AUGAGCAACCCUUGGGAGGGCUUCCUGAGCGGAACCUAUGUUCCAGACACGGAGGAGGAUUUCUCGACUUGGGGUGAGCCGCCGGCGGUGUAUUUCCCGUUCUCGACGACUUUCUCGGAGGAUGAGGAGAAGUCCGACGUGGUGGAGGAGUUUGAUGCUGUUUGUGAGUCGGCUGGAGCUCUAGCUCCGGAGAAAUCAAGUCCGCCCCCUGUACUGUUUUGUUUCCCAAAUCAAUUCAUCCCUCCCAAUUCCCAAACUCCCAGCCCGCCGGCCCUAACCUCUCGGCUCUCACUCCAGAGUCCAGCACCGGCCGGCCGCCCCACUCGCCAGCCCGGCGUCGGCGCCAGUCAUCCCAGCCCCUCGCCCCUGCAGCAGCCGUUCCGUCUCCCCGGUCCGCGACCCUCGCUUGUGCAGCAGCCGUUCGUCGCCGCAGCAGCCGUGCAGGUGCAGCCUCCGAGCUCCGACGACAGCGUCGACAUGUGA